AUGGAAUAUCUCACACAUUCGGUAAUUUCCGGAGAUCGUCGUGAAUUUCCGAUUGAUGACGGCGAGAGACGGAGGCAGUCAGCCGAGUGGGAGCAAGACCCAUCCAGGAGUGUUUGACACAGCCGGUAGACAGAGAUGUGGCCUGCUCAGCCCCAGCAGUGGGGGCAGUGGCCUCCCACUCAACCCAACCCCAUGUACCCACAGUCUUCAGAUGGCACCAUAGACUGGGCUGCCCUAGCCCAGCAGUGGAUCGCCCAGAAGGAGGCCCAGGAAGCCAUGACGGUGCAGCAACCGCCCGCGGUCCAGCCGCCACCGCCCGCCGAGGGAUCUGGUCCGCCGACGUCGGACGGGCAGCCGCCUGCGAGUACGCCUGGUGAUACUAAUGGGAGUGGGAUUGCGUCAGCAGGCAUGGGGUAUAGUCAGGCUAAUAUGCAGCCUUACAUGUCAGACACAUGGGCGCAGCCAGCCUGGCCUCCCAUGCAGGCAGGCUGGAUGGCCCCACCCCCAAACGCCCAGCCCCCACCCCCAGGGGAGGAGGGAUCCCAGCCCCAGACGUUCGACUACGGGCACGGCGGCAUGCAGACGUUCGACCACAACCACGGCAGCCAGUUCCCGCCGCCGGAGAGGUUUGAUUACAACCACGGCGGAGCGGCUUCAGCCGGGCAGUAUGGGUACCAGCCACAGGGCUAUGGUGAGAUGUACAACCAGUACUGGCAGGGGGCUCCGGCACCUGUACCCCCUCCCAGGGAACGAGACUUCAGGGGGGCGGGGAGGGAGCGGGAACAGCGCAGAGACCGGUCGCCCCCCUCCCCAUCCGGAGAGGCUGCCACCACCUUAGACGCAGCCAAGCGUAAGAUCCUUCCCGCGUGGAUCCGGGAGGGUCUGGAGAAGAUGGAGAGAGAGAAACAGAAGGCACAGGAGAGGGAACAGCGUGAGAGGGAGCAUGCACAGAGACUGGAACAGCAGAAGGAGGGAGGGAAGGAAGGACUGGGGGACGACACACAGGCAGCAUCCCCAAAAUCUCUCCUGAAGAGCAAAUAUGACUCUGAUGAAGAAGAAGAAGAAGAGAAGUCCAAAGCUGCAGAAGAGUCAGGUGACGAGCAGCCGGCCAAGAACAAAUGGGAUGACAGUGAAGAGGAGGAGGAAAAAACUGAGGAGGAGAAACAAUUGGAAUUUGCUCUCAAAGUGCGGCAGAUGCUAACAGAAGUGCUUUUGGAAGUCACUAAUGAAGAAAUGGGGAAAGUUGCUCGGGAAGUCUACCAGCGUGCAAAAGAGAAAGUGGCAAAAGCCCCUGCAAAGCAGCUAGCACAGUCCACUGCUCUGGCUUCUAUCAGCAGCCUUGGUAUCGGUGCGUACGGCUCGGACAGCGAGGACUCGAACGGAGGGGAGGAGGACGAGGAUGUGGACUCGGACGUGGAGCUGAUGGAGACGAUUCGCAGGAAGCAGGAACUGCACCGCCAGAGGGAGCUGCUGAUCGCACAGGAACCCGACACGGAUGACAUAUUUCUGGAGGAUCGCAAAGUCAAGGCCACCAGGAACGAAUCCGUAAGUCCCAAAAAGGAGCCGGAAUUCGAACGGAAACACUCGGAGCAUUCCAAGUGGGACCAGCUGCCCGCUGCGGUGAAAUCCCAGGAGAACAACCAUUUUGGGAAAGGGGGGGAAUCUGAUUCAGAGGAGAGGGGGUCUCAGGACGAGGUAAAACAGGAGGGGGGUGGGGAGAAAGACGGGGAGGACAGUGACGAAGUACCGAAACGACGCAAAUCUAUGGUUGAAGUUGUCAAAAGGGAGGAGGACGACAGCGACUCAGUAGAUAGCAGCAGUGACAGUAGUUCUAGUGACGAGGAGAAGUCUAGCUCGAGCUCGGAAGAAAGAUCUAGGAAGAAGCGACGGAAGGAAAGUAGGGGUUCCUCCAGGAGAAAGAGCAGGCACUCGAGAAGUCGUAGCAGGUCACCGAGACACAAGCGACGGAGAGACAGGAGUGAGAGUAGAGAUAGGAGCAGGAGUAGGGACAGGGAGCACAGACGACGGAGUUACAGGAGUAGGAGUGGGGAAAGGAGUAGAGACAGGGACAAGAAGAGUAAGAGGGGGAAAGACAAGGACAAGAAAAGGGACAAGAGGGACCGUAGUGAGGACAGGGACAGGAAAAGGGACAGACGGGAAAGUGUUAGGGAGAAAGACAGAAACAGGUCACCCAGUGCCAGUUCAGAAAGUGACGAUUCUCUCAUGAAAUCGAAGAGUAGUCGCCACAGGUCGAGAAGUAGGUCCCCGAAGCACAAGCGUUCGAGAGGGGAAAAGGAGGGGAGGGACAGGAAAGGGGGUCGGGAGGAGGGCGACGAGUCUCGCUCGCAGUCGGACGAUUACGAGGACGAAAGGCCCAGGGAAAAGCGGAAAAAGGACCACCACCAAAGUCGGAGUCGCUCGCGGACGCCCAAGAAGUCGCACAAGUACAGCCGGUCAAACUCGCGGAAGCACAGCCGAUCCUACUCGCCCGAAAGGUCUGGUAAGAAGUCCGGUCGAAAACACAAGUCUAGAUCCCGCUCAAGAUCUGUGUCGCCGAAACGGCGGAAGCACUAGGACUGCGUAAGACUUUCCUUAGAACAAAAUCUUCUGAUCAAUUUCGAGUAUCAUAGGUUAUAAGAUAAGACGUUCAUAUGACUUUUGAAGCUCAUAGAACAAAGUGUUCACUCAACGUUCACCCCAUUAAUAACAAAAUUAAACUUUUUUAUGCAAAAACUGUGUGUUGUCUAGGCAACAUGUCUCCUUAGCAACAAUGAAAUCCAGGCAGAGAGAACAAUUCUGCACAUAGAUCUGCCACUGAGUAAAGUGUGGUUUAUGCAAAUUUGUGACAACUUCCACUGAAUUGGUUUCGUGUAAUUACGGUAAGAGUAAUUCCUCCGCCUUUUGCUAUAGCAAGGUCGGAACCCAUUUUAGCAAAUGAGUGUUUCCGUGCACUGCGAUGACUACAGAUGUGAUUAGGAAAAUACCACUGUGUAAUAUUGUCAAUAAACUGUAAGAAUUGUCUGAA